GGAAUCCCAAACACCCUUUUGUGUAGUUAUCAGAUUGGAAACUAGGUUUGCAAAACAAAGGGGAAAGAAAAGUGUUUAGAAUGGCUGAAAGCAAAGAGAUUUACGAUGUGAAUGCCAAGUGGGAUGCAUAUCUUGAUGUGGGUGUUCGUCGCUUCGUAUACUCCUCCGCCACCGGUCUUCUUGCUGGCUUCCUCCUCUUCCGUUCACCUGUGACACGCUGGGCGUCAGUUGCUUUUGGUGCGGGAGUGGGUAUUGGGUCUGCAUACUCAGAGUGCUCUCAGAAGUUUGAUGCUGUCGAGACACAUGUUUCUAAGUGUUUCAGGUCUUGUCGGGAUUUGCCACUAAUGCUGGUUGUAGUUGUACUAAAGUUCCUAUUAUUCUUUAACCAGGAUUGAUGAUGCUCACUGCAAUCAGAAUCCAACCUUCCAGAGAUGAAGCUUAUGGUAAUCAAACUGUGUUUACAAAAACAAAAAAUCAAUGUUCCAAGAUUUUUAUCAGCUGCUCUACUGUUUUUUGGUUUUGUAACUGAAUAUGAAACGCAAGAGUAAUAAUUUUCUUAUGUGCAGCAACUUCAUCUGCAAUAACUUAUCUCUUUAGUUUGUUAUAUUUGAAAUACUGUUCUCGGUUGUUUUGCACUUUUUUAUUCGGGCUCAUAUCGGGUACACGUAUCAGCUUACAAUGCGUAUGGGAUGAGUUUUGGUAAUUCCUGUUGUAAAACCGUCUAUGUAUUGAUAAAUCCGGUUUUCAUUA